AUGGCUUCUGACAAUCUGAAUGACUCUGAUAUUGAUGCGUUAUUAGAAGGUGAUUUUAGUGAGAAUAGUGAUGAAGAUUUUCUUCUUGACAAUUCUGAUGAUGAUCCCGACUAUAUUCAGCAGGAACUUCAAAAUAAUCAAGAUUCACAAUCGGAAAUGGAUGAGACAGACGAGAACCAAGCCAGUGACGAACCAGCAACUAUUCGUCCUGCUCCACAACCAGCAACUAUUCGUCCUGCUCCACCUAGACGAGUUGGAAACCAGCGACUGAAUACUUUUGUAUGGGAUGACGAGGAUGCUGUUCCAACUGUGGAAGUAUUCAAUGAUAAUAGUGGUGUGACUGAAAAUUUCAACUUAGAUAAUAGUAGUUCAGCCACUAUCUACACCUCUACACUCGAGGAGAUUCACGCAGCAUCAACCAGUACAUCAUCAUACCGAGGGAACGCAGACUUCGUGGCAUCAAUUCAAGCACAGUCCACCAUCGCAUCACCCUUGAUGAUGAGGAUAUUGACAUUGAGAAUGUGCUUGAGAGGUCGAAAACUCGAGUUUUCGAGAUAAUUAGGGAGCAUGCGGCACGGUAUGAUGGAAAUGUAAGGUGGUACAUAGUUUUAAACGUUUUAUUGUAUAAAUUAGUGGUGCUGGAUGACAAGGUUGAU